AUGGCAGAGAUUUGCGAUCUCCGUGCUGCCAAUAUAGCGUCAUCCGAGGAAAGUUUGUACGUGAUCAAGAUAGACGAAUACUCCAGGAUCAAGCGGCAAACCGAGCGUGGAAAAUACGUGAAAUCGACCCCUUUCAGUGUUGGAGGUCACGACUGGGUUGUGUGGUAUUUCCCGAACGGUUGCCACACCGAAAAGUACGAAGCCGGUUUCAUAUCUGUUUUUCUAGCUCUUGAUUCCGCUGCGUCGAAGAAUGUGAGGGCCAAUGUUGGAUUUAGUCUGUUUCCUGUUGGCAAGGAGGGGGAACCAGUGGGGUCAUAUAACAAGACCACCGAACAUAUCUUCCCUAGCAAAGGUUCAGACUGGGGUUUCUCUAACUUUAUCAAGAAGGCAGAUCUUGAGGGAUCAGUGUAUCUAAGGAAAGACAGAAUCAGAAUCAUGUGCGAUGUUACUGUCGUGAAGUAUGGCCACAAUGCUAAUCGGCUUAGCUUGGUUCCUCCAAGCAACUUGCAUCAGCAUCUCGGCGACCUCUUAAAGAGCAUGGAUGGAGCGGACGUCACCUUUCAUGUUGGCGGGGAGAGUUUCUUGGCUCAUAGGUCCAUUCUCGCCGCUCGGUCGUCUGUCUUCAGAGCGGAGCUCUUCGGUGCUAUGAAGGAGGACGCCGGUCGCCCAAUUGAAAUCAGUGAUAUGGAACCUGAUGUAUUCAGAUCGUUGCUUCACUUCAUAUACACCGACUCACCACCCAUUCGUAUGAUGACCAAUGGAGGUCAAGCACGUAGAGAUGUGGCGAUGGCUGGCCAUCUUCUUGUUGCAGCUGACAGGUAUAACAUUGAGAGGCUGAAGCUGAUUUGUGAAGAGAAGUUAUGCAAGCUCAUCGACUCCGACAUCGUGGCGACCAGUCUGGCUCUAGCUGAGCAGCACAACUCCCGCAGACUCAAGGAAGCUUGCUUUCAGUUCCUCACUUCUCUUUCCAAUUUGGAGGCGAUGAUGGCAAGUGAUGGUUACGAGCAUCUGAAGAAUAGUUGCCCAUCAGUUCUCAAGGAGCUGGCUGUUAGCUUCCUGCCUGCUGAGCUGAAAGUGGUCAAAGAUAUUAUCAUGACAACUUAG